AUGUAUCAAACUACUACAAGCAGUUUUGGAUUUCUUUUCAUAUUUCUGAGUACAAAUCUUUUGUUCUUCCAUGGAACACAAGCCAUUGCCACAGCAACCUCUAGUGGACAAGUGGAUUCUAAAGUUCACCAACGGCUUCUUCAUCUGGAAACCAUUUUAGAAUUAGUAAUGAAAGAGCUGACAGCUGUCAAACAAGAAAAUCAACUGCUUCAGCAAAAAGUCCAUGAUCAGCAGAUUCAGAAGUUACAACAAUGGAAUCAAACAGUCCAAACGAAAAUAAUUUCCCUGGAGAAUUCGCUUAAAACUGUGCAAAGAGAAAACAAAAUGAUGAAAUUUGAACUUGAUCGUUUGAACACCACUUUGCCUCUCUUACCACUAGACACCAUACCGAUGGAUAAACUGCACAACCUCAAAUCCACAUCCAUUUUGUUAUUAAAACAAAAUGCUUUCAUGAAAGACCAACUGGAAAGUCUGAAUUCUAGCUUCAUACACUCUAGUCUUGAUGCAAAAAGAUUGGAAAGUACAUUAACUGAGAAGUUAAGUCGAAGAGUCAAAGACGGCGAACAAGAAAUGAUGAACAACAUGUCUGCCAUCAUAAAGGAUUUAAAAGUCCAGGAGAAAAAUUUAUCACUUUCACUUUCAGACGUAAAAAACAAAAUGGCCACACAGCUAAGCUCCAUACUUCAGCAACAACUGGUACAGGCAGAGCAACAGAAACUUACAGAAUCAAAGAUGCAGAAUGUCACACAGUCUCUUCUGCAACUGCACAGCGACAGAGCUGCACUAGCAGGUGUUACCCACAAUGUAGCUUUUACGGCUGGAAUUAAAUGCUGUGCCGACAACACAACAUUUUCAAAAGGAGAAAAGAUUAUAUUCCCGGAAAUCAUAUACCAGGUGGGAGGAGGAUAUAACCCCAAAACAGGUGUGUUUACCGCCCCAAAGACAGGCCUCUACAUCAUAUUCUCUACCAUAGUUGCAGAUAACAAUCAAAAAUUUAGUACAAGAGUCAUGAUCAAUGGUUCACUAAAGGCUAAAGUAAUCGCCUGGUUUAAUUACCAGUCAGGCUCCAACUUUGUUGCCUACCGGUUAAAAGCAAGGGAUCAGGUCUGGACAGAAGUGGAUGAUGGGAGUCACCUGUACUCUUAUUAUCUAGAGACUACUUUUUCUGUAGUCAUGAUCAAUAGGUCAUCCUAG